AUGGUGACGGCAAACAAGGCCGAGAGUGGGGGCCACUUCUGGGUUACUGCCUGUGUCUAGGCAAUGAUUCCCCCAGCGGACUCGUUGCUCAAAUAUGACACCCCGGUGUUGGUGAGCCGGAACACAGAGAAACGGAGCCCCAAAGCACGGCCACUGAAAGUCAGCCCCCAGCAGCCUGGACCAUCGGGUCCAGUCCCACAGCCACCAAAGACAAAGGUCCCCUCAACUUCCUGUGUCCCAGACCCAACAAAGCAGGCAGAAGAAAUCUUGAAUGCCAUCCUUCCCCCAAGGGAGUGGGUGGAAGAGACUCAGCUAUGGAUCCAGCAAGUGUCCAGCACUCCCAGCACCAGGAUGGAUGUGGUACAUCUCCAGGAGCAGCUGGAUCUGAAGCUGCAGCAGCGGCAGGCCCGGGAGACAGGCAUCUGUCCUGUCCGCAGGGAGCUCUACUCACAGUGCUUUGAUGAGCUGAUCCGUGAGGUCACCAUCAACUGUGCGGAGCGGGGGCUGCUGCUGCUUCGAGUCCGGGAUGAGAUCCGAAUGACCAUUGCUGCUUACCAGACCUUGUACGAGAGCAGUGUGGCGUUCGGCAUGAGGAAGGCACUGCAGGCUGAGCAGGGGAAGUCAGACAUGGAGAGGAAAAUUGCAGAAUUAGAAACUGAAAAGAGAGAUCUGGAGAGGCAAGUGAAUGAGCAGAAGGCGAAAUGUGAGGCCAUUGAGAAGCGGGAGAACGAGAGGCGACAGGUAGAAGAGAAGAAGCACAAUGAGGAGAUUCAAUUCCUAAAGCGGACAAAUCAACAGCUGAAGGCUCAACUGGAAGGCAUUAUUGCACCAAAGAAGUGA